UCCUAACCGUUUCACAGCUUGUCUUCGAUUGUGAAUCUAUAGAGGGAUAGAGAGAGACAAGAGAGAGAGAGAGGAUUUGGAAUUUCGAUUACAGUAUUACAUAGCAAAACGUUUCUCUGAUUUAAUAGUUCUUUGGUUGCGGAUUUCGAUUCUGUUGUUUUGCCUUGGAAAAACGAGUUUUUCUAGGGUUUUUAGGGUUUUCUUUAACUGCUAAUCUUGGAAAAUUAGAUCUUUUCUUAUAGACGCUAUUGAAUCUUUCUUGGAUUAGCGAUCUUGAGCAAGAAGCUGAAUCCUAGUAUAGUUUGUUAGGGUUUCGUUUGGUACGAUCUAGGUUUAAUUGGUUGGAUUUGCCGAUCUGAUGAACGAUCAGUCUCAGAUGAUGAGUCAGUCUCAAAUGUUGAAUCGUGUUUAUGGAAUCUGGCCACAUCCACCUCCGCUGCCACAGCCGUCUGAAGAUCCUGGUAAGUUUCAGAAUGCUUCGAGGCAGGCUUUUGUGGCACCGAAACCUGGAAGGGGAAAUUGGAAGGGGAAAAAGUUUGUUGAUAAACGGAAAGGUCGGAAGGAGAAGGGCGUAGUUAUCAAUGGCAACGCUACCGGUGGUGGUGGAGGUGGAGGUUACAAACCCCCAACCCUUCAUGAACUGCAGUCUCAGAAUCGAUUGAAGGCUCGUAGGUUUUAUCCGAAGAAGAAGUUCAAUAAUCGUUUUGCUCCAUUUGCCCCUAGGAACACGUCAUCUUUCAUAAUCCGAGCCAAGAAAUCUGGAGGAAUUGCGUCACUCGUCUCCCCCUGUCCUGUAACCCCAGCGAUUCUCCCAACUCCGAUAUUCUCUCCGUCUAGGGAGGUUCUUGGUGAUAUGGCCAAGGAAGAGUGGGGGGUUGAUGGGUAUGGAUCAAUGAAGGGUUUGAUCAGGCUUCGAUCUCCAGGUCAUGAAGCCCGAGAGGAUGUCCGUGAUGAUGAGGAAGAAGACGAAGGAGGUUCGAGCGAGAGUGAUGUUGAAGAGCAUGUUGAGGUGGAGAGGAGAUUGGAUCACGACUUGAGCCGUUUUGAGAUGAUUUACCACCCUAACUGUACUGACGAGCACGCGAACUUGCUGGAGAAUCGCGUGGACGAUCAGGGCUCUCACAUAGCACAGCUGGAGGAGGAGAACCUGACACUGAAGGAACGGCUUUUCUUGAUGGAGAGAGAGAUGGUAGACUUGAGGAGGAGAUUGCUGUGCUUGGAGACGGGAAAUCGAGCGCCGGAGGAAAAUAUCGAGGAAGCGUCUGAGAACGUAUCAGAGAACGAUGGGGGUUGGGAUGUCUCCUCGGAGAAGAGCGUCGGCGACGGUGAUGAAGGAGCGGCUCUUCUUGAUGGUGAGAGAGUUGGUAGACUUGAGGAGACUGCUGUGUUUGGAGACGGGAAAUCGGGCGGCGAAGGAAAAUAACAAGGAGAAGCGUCUGAAGAACGAAGAGGGUUGGGAGAUCUGCUCGGAGAAGAGCGUCGGCGACGGUGACUGAUUUUUCAGAAGAUUGGAAUCCACUGAGAACUCUUCCAUGGGCUUUCUUCAAUUCAAUCGACCACGGCAGCCAUCGAGGAGGAAACCCUGGACUCCCAAUUACCAUUUGCUCAUAUUUUUGAGUAACUUUACCUGGGCUAUCAUCAAUCAUCAUCCAUGGUGUACCAUCCAUAUUGUGGAGAAAUCCUUUGGACUUCAACUGCUACUGAUGAUAGUGGGAGGUUUUUGCAGAGGUUUAGUAUUGAAGAGAUGAUAAUAGUACCUCGAACCGGGAAUUUCCCUGGUUGGAUUUCAGAAAGGGUGGAUUUAUGACUGAAGCUCUGCUUAACUGAUGAUUUUUGGUAAAAUAUAUAAUUUUUUAAAAUAAAA